CUAGAAAACAACAUGUCCAAAGAAACCGUCAAGCUCGCCUCCGGCAAGCAAAUGCCUCUCGUGGGGUUCGGUCUCUGGAAGGUUCCGAAGGAAUCAGCCGCCGAUACAGUCUACAACGCCAUCAAGGCGGGCUACAGGCUCUUCGACGGCGCAUACGACUACCAGAACGAGAAGGAGGCCGGCCAGGGCAUCCAGCGUGCCAUUAAGGAAGGCCUCGUGAAGCGAGAGGACAUCUUCGUGACUACGAAGCUCUGGAACAACUACCACAGCAAGGAGCAUGCGUUUCCCAUGAUGAAGGCUCAGAACGAGGCCUGGGGCCUAGGGUACAUCGACCUCUUCCUCAUCCACUUCCCCAUCGCUCUGGAGUACAUUGACCCGGAGAAGAAGCGAUACCCGGGCUGGUGGAUGGAAGAUGACAAGACCGUCAAGCCGGCAAAGGUCUCUUUGCGGGAGACCUGGGAGCAAAUGGAGGCCCUCAUCGACCAGGGCAUUGCCAAAUCGAUCGGCGUGUCAAACUGCCAGGGGCAAACUCUCUAUGACCUCAUGACUUACGCCAGACAUCCCAUCUCCAACCUCCAGAUCGAGCAUCAUCCGUAUCUCGUCCAGCCCGGUCUCAUCAAUUUGGCGCAGACGCACGGCAUCGCUAUCACGGCCUACUCCUCGUUCGGUCCUCAGUCGUUCCUCGAGCUCCCGGCAGACUUCAGGGACAGGCCGAGCAAGGUGGAAUUGCUGUUCGACGCGCAGCCGAUCAAGAGCAUUGCCGAGAAACACGGCAAGACACCGGCGCAGGUUCUGUUGAGGUGGGCUACGCAGAGGAACAUCGCCGUCAUCCCCAAGUCGAACAACCAGUCCCGUCUCGCCCAAAACCUCGAUGUGACCAGCUUCAACUUGUCCAAGGAGGAGAUUGACUCCAUCUCCAAGCUGGACCAGGGACUGCGUUUCAACGACCCGGGACACUACCUGCCGAACCACCCUCUCCACAUCUUCGCGUAAGCAAUCUUAGAGCGUCAGUCUUAGACUACUGAUCCCCUUGUACUGUGGGUUAUACGCAAGAUUACCAGCGCUGGGGUCUGCUAUGUGACCCGAAAACGGGAACUAGAUGAAUGAGGGGAAGUCGGGAUGAGGAAUGGUUCACAAACUUCACACUGGAGUGCAAUGGCGGUAAGAUAAUGAUGCGUCGUUCCAAUAGAUUAGGAUAGGAUAUACCGCGCGAAUGAAUGCAGUUCGCAAAGCAGAGCUUGCGACACGUGACGUCGCUAGUGUGUGCACGGGCCGGCCAUUGGAUCCGCCUUCUUUCCGAUUGCGCUC